CGCCUGAGCCAUGCGCCCCAACGGCGGCGGCGCGCCGGCCGGCAUGGAGCCCCGCGCGGCCGUGCUCUGACUCGCUCUGCGCCCCGCGGCCGGCGGGCGGCGGGCGGCGGGCGGCGGCAGACCGAGAGCCGGAGACCGGCGCCGCGGGACGGAAGCGAGCGGGCGCGGGCGCCGCGCAGAUGGCCGGGGCGAGCAAGGUCUGAGGCUCCGCUCCCCGAAACGUGACCAUGUGGAUUCAACAGCUUUUAGGACUCAGUUCCAUGUGCGUCCGCUGGCCGGGCCGCUCCCGAGGAGGCCGUGCUUGGAUACUCAUAGCCGUGUUCCAGCUCGCCAUGGAUCUGCCCUCCUGUGCGGCCCUGGGCCCGGGCCCCGACUUCCGGCUCCUGCCCCGGCCGCCGCAGCGGCCGCCACGGCUGUGGAGUUUGAAGAGCGGACAGGCGGCGCGCCUCUCCGUGCCCAUGUGGAGCCCGCGCCCGGCCCGCGUGGAGCGCAGCCACGGGCAGGUGCCGAGUCCACGCGCCAAACGGGCACACAGACCCAGGGACCAGGUGGCCGCCCUGGUGCCCAGAGGGGGGCUCGCCAAACCCCCAGCCGCUGCCAAAUCCAGCCCUUCCCUGGGCUCCUCCUCCUCGUCCCCAUCCCCCGCGGCGGGUAGCGGGGCCACCACGGACCCGCAGGCCCUCCUGCGGAGGGAGAAGAGGCACCUGCAGGGUGCCGGCUUCAGCGGUUUUGAUUUCCGGGGCAGCAGGCCCACCACGGAGACGGAGUUCAUCGCCUGGGGGCCCACGGGGGAGGAGGAGGCCCCGGAAUCCAACACAUUCCCAGGGCUUUACGGCCCCACCACGGCCUCCAUCUCACAGACACGGAAGACAACGGUGGCCACCGCCGCCACCACCGCCACAGCCACCAUGGCCACCUCCACCACACUGCAGACUAAGGGGGUCACGGAGCCCCUGGGCCCCAGGAAUAGGAUCCCGGUUGGGGUUAGCACAACGGAGCCUUCCACCAGUCCCAGCAAAGACGACGGCGAAGACGGCAAGCCCCCACGGAUUCUGGGGGAGACCUCAGGUCUGGCUGUCCAUCAGAUUAUCACCAUCACUGUCUCCCUCAUCAUGGUCAUAGCUGCUCUGAUUACAACUCUUGUCUUAAAAAACUGCUGCGCCCAAAGCGGGAACACGCGUCGGAACAGCCACCAGCGGAAGGUCAACCAGCAGGAGGAGAGCUGCCAGAACCUGACGGACUUCACCCCCGCCCGGGUGCCCAGCAGCCUGGACAUAUUCACGGCCUAUAAUGAGACCCUGCAGUGCUCCCACGAGUGUGUCCGGGCGUCCGUGCCCAUGUACACCGACGAGACGCUACACCCGACAGCCGAGUACAAAUCCACGUUUAACGGGAACCGACCCUCCUCCUCUGAUCGGCACCUUAUUCCUGUGGCCUUUGUGUCUGAGAAAUGGUUUGAAAUUUCCUGCUGACUGGCCGAAGUCUUGUUCACCUCCUGGGGCAGGGCAGACGCCACGUGUCUGUAUUAUGGAUUCCGUUGGUGAACCUGUAAAAAAAAAAAAAAAAUUAAAAAAAAUUUAAAAAAAUUUAAAAAAGAUUAAACACACACACACACACACACACACAAAACCUAAUCUAGACUCUCUACGGGGAGGGUCCCCAUGCCCACCGCUUCAGUUUGCCGGUGGGGAGCUCAAAGAGCAGGACGCUAUAGGCCAAAUAUAUUUUUAUAAAAAUGCUCAUGCCUAUGGGGGAACUGCCUUCUGCCAGAGUUGUCUUUGGAGGACAGAGAGAAGCAAAGCAAGAAAGCAGCUGCAGACGGAGAAGAAAGGCCGACAGGAAGCUCCUGGAGCCUGGGAUUUGGACUGAUUCUGAACCUUUGCCAAUAAUACCAUUAUGUGCCAUGUAGUGACCUGAAGGACUUGGUGACCGCGGCGAAGCCAAGCGAACCACGUGUAGAAACCUGACCGAAACAGGGGGUGGGAAUCUUCCAAUAGAGUCGCUAUUUCUGGUUAAUAUACAUAUAUAAAUAUUAAAUACACAAGACACACACACACACACUUUUUUUGUACUGUAGCAAUUUUUGAAGACCUUCAAUGUUCCUUUUUAAAAAAAAAAUGUUAUCGGUUACAGAACCUGGUUUAUUUACCAUGCUUAGUAUGAACAGAAUAAACUGUUUUCUACUUUGGCAACAUGUCAAACACACAGGCACACGCGCACGCGGGCCCACACGCGUGCACACACGCACACACGCAUAGAGACGCCUACACUGGAAACGCGGUUCCACGAGUGAGCAUAUCCCUUCCGGUGACCUGGCCUCCCAUUGCCGCCCGUCCCCGGGGACAGCCGGGACCCCGCAGACCAACCCCUCCUGACACCCUACAUUGGCUGGUAUCCGGUGAGUGGCUCUAGAUGUAGACUUUCUUGUCUCAGGCCAGAAUCGAGAAUGCCGUGGUUUUACAGACCGGCAUGUAGGGAGAGAGAGAGAGACGCGUGAACAUGACCUUGUUUUUUUUCUCAUUUAGUUGUUUGAAGGAGCUACCUAACAGCCGCGCACUCGUGUACGUAGUCAGCUGCUUACAAAUGGGCUGAGCGUCAGCCCGGGCGGGGGGCGGAUUCUUAACCAUCUUUGUGUUAUACAAGCGUAGACCGAAUUAAAGAAAAUUUUUCAGCUCCAAAAAUUAAAGGAAUCUAUCCUUAUAAUGUGUGUGCGUAUGUCAGAACAGAACUCAGACAUCUACGAGGGUCCCCGUUUGUUAGAAAACGAGAAAGAAGUCCAUGUGCAAAGGACCCAGGCUACUCCCACGGGGGCUGUGCCCUGGAGUGCACCCCACAUUCAUUUCACGCACGUUGAUGGACAGGUCACUGCUCUUUCUAGAGCCCAAGCACGGCUUACAAUCUUGGUGAGGACUGGAGCAAAGACGCUGUCUCUUGCUAGUGCUGGUUAGCCAACAUCUCUGUUUUUGCCAUCAAGAAUCCUAGAGUGGGGUUUCCCAGUGGAAAGAGGGGCUCGAGGCUGAAGCCUCGGGAGAGGGGAUCACGAGCACACGUGAUUCAUGAGAAACACUCACGUUUGGGGACGCAGCUUCCUCCGCAGUGGUGCCCUGGUGCCCCAUUGUGCCCUGUGAGUGACGGGAGGCUCCGUUGGAUGCUGUUUUCUCCUCACAGGGAUCCCAAAUUCGAUGCGUGUGGCCUUCCCUCU